AUGCCUCUCAACGCCAAAGCGGUUUACACUCGAGAAAAUGCGGACUAUGUCCCAUUCCCCAGUCGACGGAGUACCGUCCACAGUACGAAUGGCAUUGUUUCAUGCACCCAGCCGCUAGCCGCAGCUGCGGGCCACCGGAUUCUGAGUCAAGGUGGAAACGCAGCGGAUGCCGCUGUUGCCGUGGCUGCCGGACUUAACAUGACCGAGCCAUGCUCCACUGGUAUCGGAGGUGACAUGUUCUGUCUCUUCUAUAAUGCCAAGACGAAGAAGGUACAUGCGCUCAAUGGCUCCGGUCGUUAUCCUGGCAGUGCCAGCUUGGAGAAAAUCCGAUCGGAUCUCGGCUUGGCUCCUGGCGAGCCGGGCAAAAUGCCCAUGAUGAGCGCUCUCUCAGCCACGACCCCCGGAGCCGCCGCCGGGUGGGUGGACACGGUUGAGAAGUUUGGUAGUGGUAAGUUGUCACUGGAGCAGAUUUUACAACCUGCUAUUGAGCUCGGCGAGGAAGGAUUCCCUGUCUCCGAGCUUUCAUCUCAUGGGUGGCACAACGCUGAAGAUGAUAUCCGCGGCAUGUCUCCCAACUUCCGUGAGAUGUUGAAGGUUGAUUCCGCUGCCAAGGACGGCGUGCGACCUCCGCGCCCAGGUGAGAUCAUGAAGAACCCCACCCUGGCCAAGACUUUCCGCACACUGGCUGCAGAGGGCAAGAAGGGAUUCUAUAAGGGCCGGAUCGCCGAGGCGAUCGUCAAAGUGGUCCAGGAUCAGGGUGGCUACCUGUCUCUCGAAGAUCUGGCGCAUCAUGCCGAGGUCGGAACGCAAGAGGUCGAUGCGAUCUCGCUCAGGUUCACUGGUCAAGACAUUGUGUCCAAGGCCACGCCCGGAACAGACGGUGACGCCAACCAGGGCGUCGAGAUCUGGGAGCACCCGCCCAACGGUCAGGGCAUCGUAGCACUCAUGGCCCUCGGCAUCAUGGAAGAGCUCGAGAAGUCAAACAGGAUCCCCAAGUUCACUGAGGCUCAGCAUAACUCCGCAGAGUAUCUGCACGCCGUUAUUGAAAGUCUGCGCAUUGCCUUCGCCGACGCCGCAUGGUGGGUCACCGACCCAGAUGUCGAGAACGUGCCAUCACAAGGUCUUCUAGACCCCAAGUACCUCGCGGAGCGAGCGAAGCUGUUCACUCCGGAUCGCGCGGCCGAGAUCCUGGACCACGGCAGUCCCGCGCACAACCACUGCGACACAGUAUACUUCGCCGUAACCGAUCGCGAAGGCAACGGCAUUUCCUUCAUCAACAGCAACUAUGACGGGUUCGGAACCGCCAUCAUCCCCGCCGGCUGCGGCUUCACCCUGCAGAACCGUGGAGCCAACUUCUCUCUGCAAGAAGGUCACCCCAAUGCCCUGGCCCCGCACAAGCGACCAUACCACACCAUCAUCCCAGCUCUGAUCACUAAUAUCGCGGAUGGCUCGUUGCACUCCGUGUACGGUGUUAUGGGUGGCUUCAUGCAGCCCCAGGGUCAUGUGCAGGUCAUGCUCAACAUGCUUGCUUUCGGGUACCACCCACAAGCAGCGCUAGACUCGCCACGUUUCUGCCUCGCUGCGCCGACGGAUGAGAGCACGAACCGGACGGUCUGCGUUGAAGAGGGUGUCAGCGAUGCUGCUGUUGAGGGACUUCGUCGUUUGGGUCACAAGGUCGAGGUUCUGAGUGGAUGGAAGCGUUCAAUGUUUGGUCGCGGCCAGAUCAUUCGUUCCUAUUAUGAUGAUGGUAAGCUAGUCUACGCUGCCGGAAGUGAUAUGCGAGGCGAUGGAAUGGCUUUCCCAUUGCUAUAA